CCCUGAAAAAAGGGCAAAAAAACAAACACUGAAGUCUUAAUGUUUGUAUUAUUUUUAAUCUUAAGUAUAAUAUAAGUUCGGGCAUUGUAAAAAUAUUUUGGAAAGGAGAUUACGGAAGUCGAUUGAAGAUAUAUUGAGAAAUAUAAAAAUCGAUAAGAUGUCGACCGAUAUACCGGACAUGCAGGCAGCGAACAACCAGAAAAUCGCCUCCCAUGGCCGUGAAUCCCCCCAAUCACCUGCCCACAACAAAUUCCUCCUGCCCAGCCCUAUACCCACACGCAGAAACAGAACAUACUCACAGUCAGAACGUGCCCUGAAGAGUAUGAGCUACAAGGGGAAAGUGAAGAGCUUCUGUCGAGAAAAGGGUCAUGGUUUUAUUGUUAGGGAGGAUAACAAAGAAAUCAUGUUUGUGCACAUAUCUGACAUUGAGGGGGAGUAUGUGCCGAAAGAAAAUGAUGAUGUGUCCUUCAAGUUGGUACCAAUGCCUCUUAACCCUGCUAAACAACAGGCUGUACAUGUGAAAAUCACCCACCUGGCCCCUGGGGUGUCCCACGAGACGUGGAGCUCCUGUGCCAGUCACCCAGUCUCUGGUUCCCCACGGUAGAUUGGUCAUGCGCCCUCCAGGCAGAACUCUUAGCACCUCAUAUUAUGCAAUAGUUGACGAAUAAUUUGGAACAUGAUUACAAAUAGAAUUGGCAGAUGUUCUUACGGAUGAAGUCUAGAUAAUUAACUUUGGAUUACAGACUUGGACCUGCUGAAUGUACAGGAGGUUGAUUUGGGUGCAUGUUUGUUUAUGACUAGAAACUAUUGAACAUUAAUCAUAGGAUAAUAUAAGAAUAUCUCCAUUUGCAUGUUAAGGUUUGUACUACCCGGUAUUUCAAAACAAACACAUACUCAUAAUAAUUAAAUUAUCUUCAGUAUGUAUUUCUCAGGCAACAGUGUCUAAGAUAUUUCAUACCCAUACUUUAUCCAAAAUUUAUGCUCAAGUCCCAAACAUUGUCAUUUAUGAAGCAACAGUUUGGUACCGGUACAUAUUUGCAUAUCGGGUAUUCCUUAAAAAUUCAUUGUAAUGAACUUGUUUGCAAAGCCAUUCAUGGAAAUAAAUAAAUCGCAGCUUUAUUUACACAUAUGAAAAGCAAAAACAUGAGAAAACCAUGUCAUGUGUUAAGGUUAUACAAUGAUAGUACUGUACAGGGGUCAUUGGACAGCUUCCAUUUAUAACACAUAAUAAAUACACAACUUUACUCGCGCAUAUCUAAUUACAUAUUUAUUCAAAGUUAUGGAAUCAUGUAAAUUGAACUCAUUAGAAAUAGAGCAAAGCUAAGGUAAUGGAAUCGAAUGCAUUAGUUUGAAGUAAAAUAAGUGUUCGGUAGAGAAAUGACUGCUGUGAAUUUUGUGUUAUUUAAUAUACUCAUAAGAAAUGAAAACCGGUUGUGCGUUCAAGUUUUAGUCAGCAUUUUACUUCACUGUAAAAAUAGUAUAUAUUUUUAUAGAAAAAUCUGUUGAAUGUUCUUGUUUAUGGUUGACCAUUGUUAAAUGAUGUUGUUUGAGUUGGUGGUUUUCAUGUGCAUGUUAAAGCUCUAUUAGUGGUGUGUAACCUUUAUACUAUGCCACCAUGUUCAUCCCCUGUCUAGACAAUAUUUGUCAUUGAAGGGAAAGUUCUUGUGCACUGCUUUGUGUUAAGACUGUUGAUUAUAUGAGUUUCAUUCAUUCACUUUGCUGCUGUGUCUCCUAUGCUGAGAAAAUACCAUCUUUGAACAACUUGAUAUAUGUUUAAAACUUCGAAUCCAUAUGAAAUACAGUCACAUACAUGUAGUUAAGUAUUGAAUUACUGUUAGAUCUGUCUUGGUGGAUUUGUGUACUACUUUAAUAAUACAUACAUUCAGAAAAUGUAAUGGGGCUGUAAAGUUAUUGAACUGGAUGAAAUGAUAACAAUUUAAGGCUGUAAUAUGAUGUCCAUAAUUCAUAAACUCAUCCGGCCUGUUGCUCAGCUGCUUCAAUCUACAAAAGCUAAUGGUAAAAUUACUAUGGAUAUUAUCCCUUGUAAUCCUAUGAGCUCAGUUAAGAACAGUUGAGCAAAAGGCCAAUCAUGCUUUACAGUUAGUUAUUUGAUGUUUUUUCUAAAUGGCAGCUCUCUUUGCAUAUUGCUGUUGUGGAAAUGUUGUAACCUUACGUCCACUCCUGCUGGUCAUUGGUCUGUCAGAUGCCUUAUUGAAUCUUAUCAAAAUGAAAGUAAAAGUUUAUUCAAUAUAAAAUUUAUGUCGAUGCUUUAGAUAUAAUGAAAAUAUUCCAUGAACUGUAUGGAUAUAAUCUAUGAAUUAGCAGAACAAAGUAUAGUAUUGUUAUCAUAGCUAUGAACAUCAUUGUGAAAAAUAUAUAAAUGAUAUUAGUUUUAUUGGAUGAUAUAUAGGGAAUUUAAAUGUUAGUAGAUUGGUCUGUGGGAUACUAUCACUUGUUUCCGUAAAACCCAUAUGGCACGAAACUGCAAGUCGAGUGCUAUGUAUCUUUUAUGGAAGCAACUUGAAGUGAUUCAAUCCCAUAUGACUAAAUAUAUAUUUUUUAAGUUAUACCUUUAUAGCACUUUUUGAGAAAAAUAGCAACAGUUUUCCUUCGACAAACAGCCUAUUUUUGUAUUCGAGGUACUAGGCUAGUGGGUGUUAUGAAAUCAGAAAACACAGUGUGUUAUAUGGCAUUCUGUCUGAGAGUCUAUAUUAUAUGUUUAAAUCAAGCACUAUUGAUAGAGGGGAAUUAAACAGGUUUUAACUUAUUUGGCCUUGCAGUUCUAGCUUUAUAUAUCUGUACCUGUAUCAUGUAUUUUUCACAUGGCUAGAUUUCUAUUCUUUAUAAUGGGAAAUAUUUCAGAUUUAAUACAUGUACAUGACAGUAUUUUUAUAGUUCUUUUAAUCCAGAUUUGCUGCCAGUAUAGUAAGGACUCAGAUGAUGAUUUAAACAACAUGCCAGUGUCUUCAUGUGUUAUCUACUCUCUUCGCAAAUGUAUUUUCAAUUCAGCACAGCAGGUCGCAUUUAUUAUGUUGCCGUUUCAAAUGAUGAACUAUGCAUUGAUGAUUCUAUAAGAACAAAACACACCAAAACAGUUGCAUAUUUAAUAAAGCGGUAGUGAUUUUUUUCACCUUGUUCCUAAACUGACAUUGUGAACAUGGACGUCAGCUAAUUUAUAUAACAAGCCUUGAACCAUAGUGAUUUCGUGGACAACUUAACAGUGACAAAUAGAAGCAACUUGCUUGUUGAUUUUUGUGUUAACAAGUGCUUAAAUUAUAACUGAAUCCUGUUUCUCUAGUAUAUAAAUAAUGAAUUAUUCAUAGUUAUUUAAUGAUUUCAAAGAUUCGUGUAACUUGUUCAUGUAAGUCAUUUUCUUUAAUCAAAUAAAAAAAUCCAAUCAAUGCCUCUUCCUUUGUUCACAUAUAAUUUUAUUUGAGUUGACAAAAACUGAAUAUUAGCAGACUGAUAUUUUUUGUAAAUAGUUCUCUUGAUUUCUAACUGACAAGUUUGCCUUUCAAUGCCUUUCAAUUUAUUCAUUCUCGUAAAUUGUUAUUUUACACAAAGUUAAUGUAUGAUUCUUACAAUAUUAAAUUGGAAUACAAAUGUCUUGAAUUGAUUCACUUGUGCUGUAUUUAAUGGGCAAAUAAACUCUGAUAUACCUACA